AAACUCUUAACUCUCUAAAACUUCAGCUAAAUUUUUGGCUUGUUUGGUGCAUUAGAGCUGUGCCCAUGGCUUCUGAUUUUGGCUUGAAGUCCCUGGCAAUCCUGGCUCUUGUCCUUGCAGUCUGCGUGCAAGGUUCUCUAGGAGGAAUAACAUGUGAGAAUCUUAACAAGGACACAUGCGCCUUCGCGGUUUCAUCAUCCGGCAAGCGCUGUGUGCUUGAGAAGCAUGUGAGGAGGAGCGGAGAGGAAGCAUACGUGUGCAGGACGUCGGAGAUUGAGGCGGACAAGGUGAAGGACUGGGUGGAGAGCGACCAGUGCAUUGAAGCCUGUGGGCUCGAUAGGAAGUCGCUUGGGAUAUCAUCGGAUUCUCUGCUGGAGUGUGGGUUCACCCGGAAGCUUUGCUCUACUCAGUGCUAUAACGGCUGCCCCAACAUUGUUGAUCUCUACUUCAAUGUCGCUGCCGGUGAAGGUGUAUUUCUUCCAAAACUGUGUGAAGCACAAAGGGGAGAUGCGAGGAGAGAAAUGGCGGAGAUCCGAAGUUCUGGUUUUGUGGCACCAAGGCCAGUAUCAGGGGUGAAUCCUGUGAAACAUGGGGUUGCCCCUGCAGUGGCCCCUGCUUCAUCAUAGAUUUUUAUAUGGACAGUUUAAGAGAUUUAAUAUAUAAGAAGGAUUGGAAGUUAGUUGCUGCGAUAAUAAAAGGGUUGAAUCAAUUAAAGAAUUAGAUGCCCUUAUUACUUUUACAUCGCUGAAACACUGGCUACCUCUCAUUACAUUGUAUCAUUUUUUUCAAAAUACAAAGAUAUUCAAUGAUAA